AUGGCCGCCAUACGAUCCGUAAUCGUUUUCAUUAUUUUGCUUAAAGUGCUUCUUAUUAUCUAUCUCGUAACUCCUAGUGAAACGGAAUUUGAAGAGAAAACUAUCUUGAAGGAUGAAAACUUUACGAACGUGGAACACUUAAUGGACUUUACUAACUUCACAUAUACCAUAGAACAACCAUCUUGCGGAUUGCAAACCCAAGGAUUAAUCCUGAUCCACUCGGCACCGAAUCACUUUGAAAAGCGUUCCGUGAUAAGGGAAACCUGGGGUGGCUUUAAUUCCUUACAAGAUUCUCCUCUGCAGUUGAUAUUUGCUCUGGGAGCCGUUCAAAAUGAUUCGAUGCAAACAUCACUGGUUGAGGAACACUCUCUCUACGGGGAUCUACUUCAGGGUAACUUUAUAGACACUUAUGUGAAUAUUACCUACAAGCAUGUGAUGGUACUCAAGUGGUUCAAUUCGCACUGUAACCAUGCCAAGUUGCUAUUGAAAAUCGAUGACGAUAUAUUUGUGAAUACCAAGUUACUCUGGGAUAACUUAGUAGAGCCUGUGAAAGCCACCAAUACAAUCUUGGAUUAUAUUGUACAACAAAGAGACAAUGUAUUGUUUUGUUCACUGAAUCCAAAUCCUCUAGUGAUACGAUCCCUUAAAUCCAAAUGGCACGUAAGUUUAGACGAAUAUCCCGAUAGUCAUUAUCCUGACUUUUGUCCAGGCUUCACGGUAAUUUAUAGCCCGGAUGUGGCCAGGAAACUGUACGAAGAGGUUCAAAAAUCACCCUACUUUCGAUUGGAUGACGUUUACAUCACGGGAAUAAUGUCGAAGCGUGCAAAUAUCACGAUCACUGACCUCAAGCCCUUUGUCCUGUAUCCCGGAAAGACGAAAAAGAAGCUGCUGAGUGGCGAAAUUCCAGUGUCAGCAAUGGAUUUCCUGGUUUCCUGGCAUAAAAUCGAAGCCGAGGAGAUGAGAACUCUGUGGACUCUGUUCGCCGGCGGCCAGUAA